GGCCAUGAUCCGGCAGCUGCAAGUCCCGAACGCAGCGGCCUGCGCGACGACGGGCAAUAGACGAGCAGACAGUCUACCUCCGGGACUGUCCGGGCUGCCUUCCGGUCCGGCGGUCCCAGAUCCAGGCGGCGACCGGGGCGAGCCGUCCCGGAUUCCGGACAAGCUGGGAGAGGACCCCGGACCCCGCUGUCCCGAAGAUAAGCGGUCCCGGUUGUCCCACUUCCUCAAGCGCCUCCGGGGCGGGCUUUUGCGACUGCUCCGGUUUCCAAUCCGUGGCCCCCACAAGGACCGGCAGAACAAGCCACGUGGUUCCUGGUGGGACGCGGCCCUGAGUCGCGUCAACAAGAUGGCAUCCAGGAUCCAGGCGCUCGUGCUGGCCCGCGGCGUGUCAAUGGACAGACAGACAGCCCCGGUGUCUCGCUACAACACGCUCCGCUCGGACGACGAGUGGUCCACCACCCUGUCGCCCGUGGAGGUCCCGAGGAGCUGGGAGGGCCCCUGCGGCGCCGCUCUCUGAGGGCUCGCCGCUGUGCAUGCUCGUCGAGGACAUUUUAGCUCGCUCCAAAACGCCGUUUUGAGCCCGUCCAUCGCCCGUCUCUUUCUAAUUAUUUCA